AUGGUGAUAACAGUAUUACUGAUAAUAGUGAUAUUUUUGAGUACACAACGUGCUACUACAACUACCACAGGUAAAUGGAAUUCAUCAUUCAAUACUACCUUCACAUAUGCACAUCGUAUACGUCAAAAUUCAGCUGAGCAAACUCAAAUUAGUCAACAACUGAUGGAUGCAUUUGACGCUGAUAAUAUUAAAAAGAAUAUCAAAUGGCUCUCUGAAAAAAUGCAUGUUGCGGGUACCAAAGAAAAUGUUGAACUUAUGAAGAAAAUCGCUGAUAAGUAUCAGAGGUAUGAAUAUGAUGUGAAAACUUACAGUUACAAUGUUUUAUUGAAUUAUCCAAAUUAUGAGAAACCAAAUCGGAUUGAGCUACAUAUGGGUGGUGAAAAAUGGAAAGAGCUUAGCAAUGGCCUUGCUAAACGACUUGGCCCAAAAGAAGCACAAGAACAAGCAAAUCCGCGAGGAUUGGUUUAUUGGGCGGCUUACUCAAAGAAUGGCACAGUUAUUGGACAAGUAGUUUAUGUUAAUUACGGAACUAUCGAUGAUUACAAAGGAUUAGAGAAGAUUGGAAUUUCAUUGAAAGGUAAAAUAGCAUUAUGUCGUUAUGGUGCAAUAUUUCGUGGUGAUAAAGUGCAGCUUGCUGUAAAACAUGGCGCUAUUGGAAUGAUUUUAUACAGUGACCCAUUUGAUUACACAAAUGGACGAAAUAAUGUGAAGGUAUUUCCAAAUGAAAUCUGGUUACCGGAAACAGGUGCACAACGUGGAACAUUACUUAAAACGGAUGGUGAUCCGGAAACACCGUUAUUACCAUCGAAAUAUUACACUUAUCGUACGGAAACGGAGGAAAAUUUACGCCAACGACAAAUAAUGCCAUCAAUUCCGGUAAUGCCUAUUGGUUACAGAGAUGCUCGAAAAAUAAUGGAAAAUUUUAAUGGACCACAAAUUAAGUUACAUGACUGGAUUGGAUCUAUGAAUGUAACAUAUCGUAUCACGGGAUCAGCAAUAUUCCGAGUUACUGUACAUUCUGCUUGUACACGUCGUAUCAUUACAAAUAUUGUAGCAACGAUGUUUGGACGUGAGGAACCGGAUCGUUAUGUAUUGUUCAGUAAUCAUUACGAUGCUUGGGUUAAGGGUACAAUCGAUCCAAUUUCUGCUACCGGUACUAUGCUUGAGAUGGCACGAGUAUUGUCACAAAUGAAAAAGACAGCAAAAUGGCGUCCACGACGUACAAUAAUGUUUUGUUUAUGGGAUGCUGAAGAAUUUGGACUUAUUGGAAGUACAGAAUGGGUGGAAGAAUUUAUGAAACCGCUUCAGCAACGAGCAAUUGCUGUAAUAAAUAUUGAUAAUAUCAACGGUGAUACGUCACUCUCUGUUAAAGCUGUUCCAUUGCUUUAUCGUGUUAUUGUCAACGCAGCUGCUAAAGUAGGAAGUCCAAAUACGUUGGAACGAGGAGCAGAACGAAUGACAUUAUUAGAUUCUUGGAAAUUUUAUGAUCCGAAAGGCCCGAUUACCGGUGAUCGAUCAAUUCCCGGUAUUGGUAUACCCGGAACUGGAUCUGAUUUUCAGCGUUUUCUAACUUAUUUGGGUAUUCCGGUGAUUGAUAUGAAACUUGAAAGUGCUCCAUUAUAUACAUAUAUGCUUUACCAUACAAUGUAUGAAAUUCCUUGGCUAUUGGAUAAUUUUUUUGAUCGAAAUUAUACCGCAUUAAUGGCUAUGGGACAAUUAUGGCUUGAAAUUGGACGAGAUAUCGCGGAUAGUUUAAUAAUUCCAUUUAAUUUACACGAUUAUGGUUUGGUAUUGUCUGAUUUUAUCGAUCGAAUGGAUCAACAAUUGGAAUAUAUCGAAAUUCCAAAAGCUGUUGGUGCAAAAACAUAUCGCGUUGUUUUGAAUAAUUUACGCGAAGCAUUAACACGAUUUCAGGUUGUUACAAAUGUAAUACAAGAAAUUGUUCAGUCAGUUAAUACGGGUCAUGAAUCGAUAAGCAUCAAACAAGCGGAAAUGUUAAAUAAUCGGAUGCAGUAUAUUGAGCGAGCAUUUAUUAUUGAACAAGGAAUUUAUCCGGAAAGAGCGGAAUUUCGUCAUUUGAUCUUUACCAGUAACAGUAUCCAUAAUGAUUAUGGAAAUUUAUUAUUCGGUGGAAUUUUGGAUCCGGCAAUGCAAUGGCACAAUGCCUUAAUUAUGGGUAAUUUAAAUAAAGCAAAUUAUUGGUUAAAAAUGAUGAAAAUUGGACUUGCUAAGUUGCAUUACGGUAUUGAAUCAGCUAUUUUGACGUUGGAUUUGGAGGGAUAUUUUGAUUGA